CGACCGAGUGCUGGUGUCGACCAACCGCAGCAGGGUUUCAGCGAGAAACCUGAACAUUUAAACCUCCCGAGGCCACUGACAACAACGCGACGUCCCUACUACUGCACGGAAGAGUCGGCGGUGCCGGACUCGGGGGCGACGCGAGAGAGGAAACACAAGUAAAUCGAGUAAAAAGCGUCCGGAGUGAGCUCGACUGCAGAGCUAACGCUAACGCGGCCAGCCCGGUGAAUAAUCACACGAACGCGUCCUUCAAUUGAUCGAUCGCGUCGGCUUCGUUUCGGGGGAUAUUAAAGAAUAUAGCCCGGGGUUAAUUUCCCGAGUUUUAUGGGAUAUUUAAUUAAAUUAUCGAGGGAUUUUCUUGUUGCCAUUGUAGGCCCCGGGCGACUGGUUACGGAGUAGCCACAGUAGCCGGGUGUGUUGAGGUUAACACGCCGGCGAAACCGCCGAGAAACCUGCGUCUCAGGUCGCUCAACGAGCUGUCCGUUUCAGUGAGUUUACUACUUUAUAUCAGCCUUGUGCAUCGCAAUGCUGAAACAACAGCAAUCCGGCACAGGCGGGAGGAAGGCGUCCAACGGGACAUCAUCGGGCUCCGGCGGCAUGUCUUCCCCGGUCAGCGGCAUCAGCAGCGGGAGCAGGACGCCGGCUGGAAGGAAUCGAACUUCUGCAAAGCCAUCAUUCCAGUCAUCUCCUGUCUUUGAGGGUGUAUACAACAAUGCCAGAAUGCUUCAUUUCCUCACAGCUGUAGUGGGUUCCACUUGCGACAUAAGAGUGAAAAAUGGCAGCAUAUUUGAAGGCAUAUUUAAAACUCUUAGUUCUCGGUGUGAGUUGGCUGUGGAUGCUGUACACAAACGAAAUGAAGAAGAGGGCUCAAUGUCAGUUCCGCCACGAAGGGAAGAGAUUACCGACACAAUGAUAUUUAGUCCCUCAGAUUUGGUUACAAUGAUCUGCAGAGAUGUCGACCUCAACUAUGCCACCAGAGAUACAUUUACAGACACAGCCAUCAGCUCCAGUCGCAUCAAUGGAGAACACAAGGAGAAAGUUUUACAGAGAUGGGAGGGAGGAGACAGCAAUGGGGAAAAUUAUGAUCUGGAAAAUGAUGCAUCUAAUGGUUGGGAUGCCAAUGAAAUGUUCCGUUUUAAUGAAGUGAAAUAUGGAGUCACAUCAACCUAUGAUUCCAGCCUCUCUAUGUAUACUGUUCCCUUAGAGAGGGGGAAUUCUGAGACCUAUCGGCAGAGGGAGGCUCGGGCCGCUCGCCUGGCCAGUGAGAUUGAAUCAAGCCCCCAAUAUCGCCAUCGCGUUGGCCUGGAAAACGAAGAAGGCAAAAGUGAGGAAGAAAAGUACAGCGCUGUGGUGAGGGACGGUAACGAUCGGGAGAGAGGUCAUGAGGCCCCUCGUGACAGAGAUCGAGAAAGAGGCCGAGACAGUCCUGGGGCCAGCACCAGGGAGGGCAAGUACAUUCCAUUACCUCAGCGUCAAAGGGACAUGAACCGGGAGCGAGCUGAGAGAGGUCCUGGUGGGCCUCCGCCACACGCUCGUCUAGGUGGAGGUUACCGCUCCACCCCUCCAUCCUCUUCAUCCUCGGCCCCCAGGCCCCCACUGCCUUCUGCUGCUGGAGCCCAGCCUGGAGUCUCCCCGUCAGAGAGAAACAGCCCCUUAUCAGGUCGAGGUGGGGCCUAUUCUUCCCACCAGCCACAGGGAAGCCCUAGCCCCGGCCCAGGCUCUGGUCACGCAAGCCCAUAUACACCUGCCUCUCCUGCCGGACCAGCACCCGCCCCGGCCUCUGCUUCUGCAGCCAACUCUCCAGCCAGCCCCCCUGCUCCACAUGGCCAUGCCGUUCCUCAUUCCCAUUCUCACCCACACUCGCUUUCUGAUGCUGGCAGACCUGUUAAUGGAGUCUCUGCGAGAACAUCUCCUAAAGCUCAAAGACCUCCACAGUCAAGCAGGACGAACCGCACCCCGAACUCACACCCUUCAUCCACAGCUGCUCGUUCCCCUAAAUCAGGCUCAUCCCAGGACACGCCUUAUUUGGACACUUCAUCUGUCUCCUUGCCUGCCCAGAAGACAACUGGUCCUGCCCCUCUCUUCCCAGUAGAUGUGAACGAGAUCCUCGGUGCAGCUGCAAAAGAGCGAUCUACAGAGAGCCCAAGCAGCACAGAGGACAGCAAGUCUAGUAAAGCUCCCUCAAUUCAGCAAAGAUCACAGAUUGAAGAGCUGCGGAAAUUUGGCAAAGAAUUCAGGCUCCAGCCGAGUGGAAGCGGCCAUAGCUCUCCCAGCUCUCCGGCAGCAGCAACACCUCCCUCCAUCGGUGAGGCCACCCAUUCUGGCUCUGUAAAAUCCUCUUCAUCAGACGCUCACCCGGCUUCAGAGCCCAAGACUCAGCCUCCAGCUCCCAGUCCUUCUCAGCCCCAACCUCAGCCCUCACCAGCUCCAAGUGAAGACCCAACAAAGGAUGCUGCAACCACCCCAGGUCCUGCAGCGGCCACAACACCCCUUUCAGAUAGGCAGUCACCAGCCACCCCUCAGCCUGCCAGGACCCCAGGAAGUGAGGAUUCAAGGUCCGACUCAGAGCGACCAGAAGGAGUGGCAGACCAAGUGAAGAAAUCAACUUUAAAUCCAAACGCUAAAGAAUUCAACCCUGUCAAACUUCCAAUACCCAUGGCAAAGCCCAACACUGCACCCACUCCUCCUCGGCCGACUCCACCAAGCCCAGUCGUUCUGCAGCAUCCAGGCGGGCAGGCACAACUCUUCAACGCUCCCUACCUCUCCUAUGUCUCACAGAUCCACUCUGUGCAGCCCCCACCCAUGUAUCAGUACACCAUGUCCACAGUGAGCCAGGGAAAAUACCCCAGGACCAAAGGCUCUGUUGUAGCUCCCAGACCCGAUCAUGGAACAUCAGGACAGCAAAUGCUGCAAGCUGCAGCAUCAGCAGCCGGGGCCCCUCUGGUGGCGUCACCCUACCCUCAGUCUUACCUUCAAUACAACCCACAGCAGUACGGUCAGCAGCAGGUCCUCCAGGCCAUGACACCCUACCCUGGACAGCCCAUGUACUCCAUGUUACAGAGUGGGGCUAGGAUGAUAAGUCAAGGUGGUGGUCCUCAUCCACAGGCCCUUGGACCAGGAGGCCCCCAGUUCCCUGCACAGGGAGAUGGAUCUCAAGGACCACAGCAAGGCAUUUAUGCUCCACAGUCAUUCACCCACCACUCUGGUGCCGUGCAUCAGCCUCAGCCCUCCAGUACUCCCACAGGCAACCAGCCACCACCCCAGCAUGCAGCUCCAAGCCCCGGACAGAAUGCCCAGUCAGGCCCACAACCCCAGUCCUUGUACCACUCGGGUCCGUUAUCAGCGCCCACACCGCCCAACAUGCCCCCCGGCCACACAUCUCCACAAGGCUCCUACCCAAUUCAGGGCUACAGCAUCCACAGCCACCAGGGCAUCCCAUCUGCUUACCCCCUGGGGCAGAUAGCACAGGCCCAUGUACAAGGAGCAAUGUCAGCUCCUCACCACUCAGGGAGCCACGGACAGCCCCAGUUAGUGAUGUUACAGCCUUCUCAGCAGGGUCCUGGAGGAGUGCCACAGCACCCACAACAUGGACCUCAACAAGGAGCACACCAGCACUUUUACAUAGGACACCCACAAGCGAUGCAGGUACAAACACAUCCUGCCCCUUUCCAUCAGCAAGGAAACUAAAACUCUGCCUCCAUGACAACCCAAACUGGAAUUUAGACCCAGGAAAACAAAACUCAUAAAAAAAAAAAACUGACAAGUUAUUCAAAGGAGAGAAGGAGAUGAAAUUCUCACAGCACCUUAUUUUUCUGCUGUAAUAUUGUUCAUCAGUACAACCUCGGUGUGAGGCCCGGAUGAGGACCUUUUUUAACGCCAACAAUGAAGAUGAGAGGACAGUACCCCUCCUGCUGCUGUGCUCUUCCCUCCAAGCUUAUUAUUUUUGAGACAUAAGGCACCUUGUUGGGCAAGCCAGAGAGUGAAGAGCAGACAAAACAGCAGACUCUUAUCUUGCAAAAAAUGUUUUUAGCCAUGUGAGGUUUUGUAAGUACCACGAAACAAAUGAGAAACUCAGACUGUCAUGAUUUUCUCAUGAAUACAGCUUGAAAGGAGGGAUGUGAAAAUCAGAGGGUAUUUUUUAGCAAUUUUUUAAACUCAAUCCAGUAGUUGAAUGCCCCUCCCCCCCGCCCCCCUUCUCUCCUGUAGGAAAAUAUAAUUAAUAAAUAAAAAAUGGACAAGACAAAAAAAAGUUUAAAAAAUAAAAAAAUGCAAUGGCCAAAAAAUAAAGUUUUCAACUCAACUAAGA